GGUCCACAUAUUGGCUCGACUUCUCACUUUGCCGCGCUCAAGACAACUAAUCAGUCUUCAGUGGCGUGGAAGCCUAGUGAGCCGGCAUAUUUCACAGCUCCGGCAGGCCACGAAGACCGUGAAUACAAGUUGCAGCGUGUGCAUGCCGUGGCGUUUCCUACUCAAAAGGAGAUGAAGCAAUACGAAGCCCGUCUCGAAAUGGCCAAGCAACGCACACACCAGCAUAUUGGACAAGAGCAAAAGCUCUUUUUCCUCGACGCUCGCUCACCUGGUGCGCCCUUUUGGUUGCCGCACGGCCUGCGUAUUUUCAAGCGGCUGGAAGCCUUGGUGCGCGGAGUUCACAGCAAUUAUGGAUUCGAGGAGGUCAAGUCGCCGUUGGUCUACAAGCAGCAUCUGUGGAACACAUCAGGUCACUGGGAGCAUUAUAGCGAGGACAUGACCGUGCUACAGCAUAAGGAGGAUGAAGAGGUGUGCCAAGCUCUCAAGCCCAUGAAUUGCCCGGCACAUUGCAUCAUGUUCAGUCAUGAGCCCCAUUCGUAUCGUGAGCUACCGCUACGCUUCGCCGAACAUUCAGCGCUGCAUCGCAACGAAGCAUCGGGGGCUCUAUCGGGCCUGACGCGCGUGCGCCAGUUUCAUCAAGACGACGGUCAUAUCUUCUGCCGACCAGAUCAAGUUUCCAGCGAGGUGGCACGCUGUCUCGAGGCCAUUGGCGUGGUCUACGCUCGCCUUGGACUGACACCCACCGCUGUCCUGUCGACGCGACCUGAAACGGGCUAUGUGGGCUCUUUGGAGAUCUGGUGCGCGUUGCGCUCCUCGUUCAUUAUCGACAUCCGCGUUCGCGACGCAAUGGGCCGUACGCAUCAAACCGCAACCAUCCAGCUGGACUUUAAUAUGCCAAUGCGCUUUGAGCUGUCAUACAAGGAUGAGGAUGGUGCGCCACAGACACCGGUUCUCAUCCAUCGUGCCGUGCUCGGCUCUUUUGAGCGUAUGAUGGCCUUGCUCACAGAGCAGUACUGGGGUCGCUGGCCGCUUCAUCUCAGCCCUCGCCAACUGUUGAUCCUGCCUGUGUCGGAGAAGCACGCGUCGUAUGCUUGGGAUGUAUAUCACGAACUUCAACCAUUUGGCCAUGUCGAUGUAGAUGACUCGCCUGUUUCCCUGUCCAAACGCAUUGCUCAACAGCGUGUCCUGCGUCACAACUAUGUGGCAGUCGUCGGUGACGAGGAAGUGGCCAAUGAUACUUUGAGCAUCCGCCACCGCGACGGGGCAUAUGUGGCCUCGCCCGACGCUGAGGCUGACUUGGCACGACUGCUGCGCCAUGACAUGGAGCAAUUGCCCGAGGGACCCGCGACGGUCACCACGGUCAUGCAAGUCCUGCGCAAAGCACGCAGCAUGGAAUGGCCCGCACCCAGUAGCGCCCGAUGA